AUGACUCAAGAUAUAAAGCUUGCAGACUACCUGUUCACCCGGUUGCGCCAGCUGGGCGUCGACUCCAUGUUCGGCGUCCCUGGCGACUACAACCUUCGUCUCCUGGACUUCGUUGAACCCGCCGGUCUCCACUGGGUGGGCAACUGCAAUGAACUCAAUGCAGCCUACGCAGCAGACGGAUAUGGCCGGAUCAAGGGCCUGUCUGCAAUGAUUACUACCUACGGAGUUGGUGAGCUUUCCGCUAUCAAUGGCAUUGCCGGCGCCUACGCUGAGAACACGCCUGUGUUACACAUUGUCGGAACUCCUCCACGCCCGCUCCAGAGCGCGCGUGCCUUCAUGCACCAUACCUUCUCAGACGGCGACUAUCGUCGCUUUGCAGAAAUGUCAAAGCAUGUCACUGCAGCCCAGGCUAGACUGGAAGAUGCCGUCACGGCGCCAGAAAGGAUCGACUAUAUCCUCCGGCAAGCGUUGAUCCACAGCCGUCCGGUCUAUCUCGAGCUCCCCGAUGAUAUGCCCGACGUACUUGUGUCAGCCGCAAACUUGCAAACCAAGAUUUGCAUUCCUGAACCACCAAGCUCUACCCAAGAACCCCAGGUGCUGGCUCGGAUCUUGGAGCGAGUGUACAGCGCCAAGCGUCCGUUGAUCCUUGUGGACGGAGAAAGCACAGGUCUCGGUAUCGUGGACCAGCUUAACGAUCUGAUCAAAGCAACGAACUGGCCGACAUGGACAACUGUGUACGGCAAGGGCUUGAUCAACGAGCAACUGCCAAAUGUCUACGGGCUCUACGCAGCAGCCUUCGGCGACAAGCCAGCACAGGAGUAUUUCAACGAAGCAGAUCUGGUCCUGUCCUUCGGCCCACACAACAGCGACACCAAUACUCUCUUCUAUACCACAGUCCCCAAACCAGCCGUGGCAAUCACUUUCUCGGGCAGCACUGUCCAAAUCGAAAAUGAUACAUACCGCGACCUGUCUGCCCGCAAAAUCCUAGCAAACAUCCUCCAAACCCUCGACUCCAAACGCCUCGUCCAGAACAGUGGACCUCCGAAACAAGAAAUCACCCUAGCCGGGAUCCAAAACACUGAUCCCAUCGCCCAAGACAACUUCUAUCGUCUGGUAAACCCGCUCUUCCGCGAAGGGGACAUAAUCCUCACCGAGACCGGCACCGCUGCUCACGGCGGCCGGAACUUCAAACUACCCGCGAAGUCUCGGAUCUUCGGCGCCGUCACCUGGCUGUCGAUUGGAUUCAUGCUUCCCGCAACGCUAGGCGUAGCGCUUGCGCAGCGCGAACUCAAUAAAGGCACUGGAAGCAAGAGCCAGACAGUGCUGUUCACCGGCGACGGCAGUCUGCAAAUGACUGCUCAAGAGAUCAGCGUGAUGAUCCGAGAGAAGCUGAACAUUAUCAUCUUCAUCAUCAACAAUGAGGGGUAUACCAUCGAGCGGGUGAUUCAUGGCCGCAAGCAGGCGUACAACGAUGUGCCGUUUUGGAGACAUGCGCAGGCGCUGAGCUAUUUCGGCGCCGAUGAGGAGCAUGUGGCAAAGAACACCUUCACGGCGAAAACUUGCGGAGAGCUGAAGGAGAUCCUGGCCAAUGAGUGUAUUCAGAAUGGGUCUGGUGUCAGACUUGUUGAGGUGGCUAUGGGCAGGGAGGAUGUACAGGGGGCUUUGUUAUAUCUGUUGAACAAGCAGCUUGCACAGGAGAAGGAGGAGGCAAAAUAA